CUGGUGGCCGCAUACGCCAAAUCUAUAAAUAUCAGGUCACGACUUCGUAUUUACUGCCGAUCCCUCAACAUCUUAACAUCUUGGUGAGAAACAAACUGCACCAACUUUUUGCUCUCAAUUCUCGUGGAAGAUGCGCGAAGAGACGUACAUUGAGCGUUGUCGGCAGCAGAUCUGCGAAACAGUGGAAGAAAGGACGAAGAGCACAUCGGAAACAGACGAUCUACUUACUAUCCCAAAACCCAGGCGUGAAUGGGAGAAACACCUUCAAGCGGACGUUGAGCCAUAUGCUCGGGCGCUCUGCCUGAAACUUGCACACUCGAUUCUCUUCGCCCUGCCCCGUCACAUCCGUGCACAAGUCUAUUCCUACGUGCUAGACUCCGGGAGUCCCAGAGUGACCGUAUGCGACGGCAAAUUGCCCCGGCAUCUCCGCUCCUCCUGCUCUCACGCGACGGUGCAAAGCUAUGACUCCUUCUGGAAGCUAGCCGACCUGGAGCACUACCUGGAUCCAAGCUACGUUGGUCCAAAAAUGGCGAGAGAAAUCGCCGAGGCAUAUUACAAGGCGAAAACUUUCUAUUUUGACUACCAUGAACUUCAUCUGCUGCACAAAUUCUUCACGGUCGACCGAUUUGGCUACGGUUUGCUGCCUACUGACUAUAUCCGGACCAUGGAAGUUGUGCUAGACGGGCACUACCUCUGUCGUUGCAAUAGGACUGCGCUCGCACAUUACGGCCUCAUUCCAGUAGACAGCAUGACCUCCGAGGAGGCUGUUCGCUGGUGCUUUGAGCAACUCUUUAUGCUUAACAGUCACGUAGUCCACAUCAGAUUGAUUGUCUACCUUCAUGAAGGACGGCGGAUGCUUCAAGAAUUCCAGGAGGUUUUGCACUUUGCUCUUCCCUUCGUUCGCCGAUUCAGGGCACAGGGGUGGCAUGUUUCAAUAAAGUCGUGUACCAAUCAUGGCCGAGAAGAGAGCAUUGACGAUGCGGAUGGAGAACUAAUUGAUCAGAACCUCUCAAAAAUGAUGACAAUAAGGAUAUGAGGCUCAAGCUCAAAGCAACGACACCACUAGGUCUUCGGUGACCCAUUUCGACGAUCAUUUCGCGUGAUGGAUUAAGCACCGGUCCCAUCCAAUAACCCCCCGGUUCAACAAAAGCAGCCUCUUGGCGAAUCGACCACGAAUCGCGCGAUGCGGCGCCACA